AUGCGUUGCUCCUGCCUCGGUGCCGUGCACCUGCUCAGCGCCCUUGGGCUCUCUUCGAGUAGUGAUGCAGCGCGCGACGACGUGCGCAACAGCGCCGAACGCGAUGCAUCGGAUCAGCAUGCCGCACUGCACGCCGCUCCCUCGAGCCGUCUGUCUGGCUCAUCACCGAGUUUGCUAGCCGCAGGCAAAGCACAGUAUCACGCUCGCAGCUGUCCGCACGAGCUGGCUCGGCCCCCGCGUACCAGGUGCAACGAUCUUCGUUGCAGCUUCACCGUGCAGCCUCCCUGUAGUGCGUCGCCGGUCCUCCAGCCUGGAUCGCUCGUUUCCAUCCUUGCUUCGCUAGCGAGACCUUACCCUGUCUCGCGGUCCUGA